AACUAUGCGACGCACUGCGAACUGUUCGCUCAUGCCGCCGGUCACAUGUUGGGCAUGGUCAAAAUGUGAUAAAUGUGCGCGCUCUAUCUACUACGAAAGAUUGGGCACAGAGCUAGCCGUUGCUAAUUAUGCUGAGCACCUAGUUUCAUUCGCUAUGUAAAUACAGAUGUGGUUUUUAGUGGCACGAGCAUCGAGUGACACUCUUGUUUCUUGCGUAACACUUCCAGUUCACCUCUCGAGACGACCGCGGAGGAAAUUCAAAAUAAAUGAGAAAAAAAUAAAAAAAAAUAGUACGGUACUUAAUUCAUAGGUUUCAUUAUAGAUAUAACAGAGCAUAAGUUUAUUUACAAGUUGAGUUACUGAAGUGUCUGGAAUAAUGAGAAUUAGAAACCACUCAUUACCACACAUUAGAAUUUCCAACUUCUUUUUCUUCUUUUUUUUUUUUGUAGGAACUAUGCCGCACACCAAAAGCAUAGAAUCGUAGACUUUUGAGACCCGCCACGCCGAGGUGCGAGGUCCACCUCGUUCCAGUCGCAGCAUGUGCAACAGCCUUUAUUAGGGUCGCCGAACAUUUUUACCUCAUUUCUGACCUGUGUGUGUUUAUUUCGGCCUUUACCUUUUACUUAAAUAAAACAAAGUAAAGGGAAAUCUUCACAUCUUUGAGCUUGUAAUACAGAGCCGUGUUUUUAAUCUUUGUACGGGAAACAAAAGUACCUUUUUUUAACUUGCAAAAGUCCGAAAACGAAACAUCUUAGACACGGCAGGAGUUACCAUCGCCGGCGACAGCAGUUCCCUCGCCCACUCGCAAUGCGCGUGAAGCGCGUGUGCCACGCGCUCUCCUCCUCGCGAGAUCCGCGUUCAUUUAAAUGUUCUCAUAACCGUCGUCAGCUUUAUGUCAGCCAGCUACACCGGCCGCCAGCUGGCUGGUUAAUUUUAAGGGGCGUUUUCUGCGUUUUUUAACCUUUGACAUUCCGAACGAUGCUGAACAGAGACAAGGAAGCGGCAGUCCUGCAGUGGCUGUCCUGCUAUGACAUCAAGGUUGGAGCCAUCUCGGACCUACAGGAUGGCUUGCAACUGCUCAAGCUUCUGUCAACCAUUAACCCGGCUUGCAGCAUCGAAAACGUCGAUCCUGUGAAUACAUUUGCACAUAUAGAGCAACAGCUCUGUGAGAACCAUGGGUGCCUACCAGCCCACUUCCUGUCAUCGGGAAGUGCAAAAAAGCGAAGAUAUGACGACAUUCAAUUGGCCACCACUUCUGUUCUGGCUCUGUCGGCUCUGGCACUUCGGGCCACGAGUUGUAGCCCAACCAGUAAGGUGGCCCCACUUCUCAAACUUGGCGAGGCAACGCAAUGCUGCAUUAGAGACUUGAUAGAGAUUGUGAGUGCCGGUGACGAUGUGCUUGAAAACCUCGCAGCAUACUUGAAAGUGUCCAACCUGGAGGAGGAAAGCUUUCUCUGCGUCACCAGGGUCAAGCGCAGGAAGAGCGAGAGCUUCACUGCCUCUCCGACGGGGGCGCAGACCCCGACUAAACGUAACAGCAUUUCGCCGCAACAGCGUGCUCGUUUGCCUGCCCACCAGGUAAAGGAGAUGCGAAUGCUGCGUGAGCACAUAAACGAUGAGGAGCAGGCCAACGUCGAGCUGCGCUGUGAGGGAUCCAGGCUCAAGGACAUCAUCAAGCGCAAAGAUCGAGAGAUCAACAGCCUGAAGGAAAGACUGAAUGCUUUACAGUCAGUGUCCUACAAUGAUGCCAGCAGCCUUGCAUUGCUUCACAAAAACAUGGAAGAUACUUCGGCACAAAACCAGCUCCUGCAGGACGAAGUCAACUCCUUAAAACGGAUAAGAGAAGACUACGACAUGGUCAUCAGGCAAAAUGUCUCUCUGCAGGCUGAGUGUGAGAAGAUGUCCCGGCUUCAAGAAAAGUGCAAAAACCUCAAGGAAGACCUAUCCAAAGCCCUGACCGAGAAAUCGGACCUCCGCACCAAGCUUGAUGCUGUGGAGUACGAGGUUGGCGAGCUCCGCUGCGAGCUUGGCACGAAGACUCGAGAGCUGGACUCUUUGGUUGGCUUCUACUCAAACAGGGAGGAGCCAGCUCCGAGGAGCUCACAGGCCCUGCCACAAUCGCCUCGAGCCAGCUGCUACACGGAGCUGCGCAUGGUUGAGCUGCAGGAGGCCAACGCCAAGUUGCAGCAGGAAUCUUGCCGGCUGCAGAGUGAACUGGAAGAAACAACAGCCAGGAUGCAGGCAGAUAGCAAUGCCAAGAAGGCCACCAUAAUGCAGCUGGAGGAAGCAAAGGCCACUCUUGUUGCAGAGAUGUCUCAACUGACCAACCGUAACACGCAACUGAACAUUCGCAUCUCGGGCCUGGAGAAUGAGCUGCAGCUGUCGAAGACCACAACUGCGACGCUCGAAUCUCGGCUUUCAAUUCAAUCGAGCCAGUCUGAAAUGCUUCGUCAACAGCUCGCUGACAAGGACCAGCAGAUUGCUGCACUUGACGAGAAGUCUGCCGCUUCUGAUGCCAUGAACCAGGAGCUGCUAAAGUCAAACGCCGAGCUGAACGCAGCUUUACGAUCAUCGGAGGUAGAAAAGGUGGCACAGGCAGAAAGAAUGCGUGAAAUCAUGGCAGAGAACAGGAAGCAUCGGGAUGCUUUGUCUCAACAGAAUUCCAAGAUGCUCGCUCUGGAGACAACACUUCGGAAUGUGGAGCUGAAACUCUCAGAAGCAGUUGGAAAAAGUGAAUCACUUUCAUCCGAACUGUCGGUCAGCCAGGAACAGUGCAUAAAACUUGAGGAAGCCAUUGCGUCACUGCGCAUUGAACUGGAGGCAGGUCGGUCUCGCUGCAGAGAGCUAGAACAACAGUUGAGUCAGGCUGGGUGCGAGAAGGAGGCUCAGUCAACGAGACUUCUCGAAGUGCAAGAUGAAUUGAACAGUGUUACGAGCAGAGCAGACCAGCUUCAAGCACGGACGCAGGAGCUUGAAGCCUCCAAGCAACAGCUGGAGACACUCUGCUCCGAGCUUCGGCACAAAUUGAGUGAGAGCAAGUGCCAGCUUAACGUGGCUGCAGAAGAAAACUGUGCACUAUUCAAAAUUAAGGAAGAAAUGCAAGCGGCUCACGCCUCCUUGCGUGCCCAGUUCGAUGAAACAAGUAAGCAGCAUGCGAUGCUGGUAACUUCUCUGCAGGGCCAGAUACAGGAGUCUGAGGUCCUGGUUGCCAGACUGAACGAAGAAAAGCAAACUCUUGCUGAGAAUUCUGGAAAGCUUGAGGCCGACCUUGGACUGCUUCGUUCUGAACUGGUAAAACUAAACGAAAAGAAUGUCAUGCUUGUAAACGAAGUAUCUGAGGUUACUCAUUCUCGUGACGAGCUUAAUGAUAACCUUGUUUCGCAGAAGAGACAAGUGGAGCAAAUUACUGCAGAAUGUGCCAGGCUUCAGCAGUGCAUUCAGAACAGCGCAGCCGAAAAGGCUGAACUCGAAGCUCGCUUGGAGAAGGAAACGGGGCUUGUUCAUGCACUCAAAGAAAAAUGUGCCAAGCAUGUUGCUGUGAAUGAAAACCUCCAUAGUGAAAAUGCAGCAAUCAAGAGUACUCUUGAGGAAGCCAAGCUCGGAAUGGAGCAGCUCAAGGCCAGUGUUCAAGAGGUGAACAACAAGAACAUUGUGCUACAAAACAAGCUUGAGGGGACCACACAGAAGCUCGAUACUUUGCUAGCAGAGAAGCAAAAGCUGCAGCUGAAGCUGUCUGAAACAAGUGCUACCUAUGGCGCUCUUCAGAAGGAAGUGUCGGAGGUCAGGACAAAGCUGCGUGCUUCUGAGGAGCAAGAACAAAUUCUCAGGAAUGCCAAUGCUGGCCUGGACUCGUUCAUCACUGACUGCAAGCAGAGACUACAAGCUAGAGAGUCUCAGCUUGGUGAGGCGACCAGACGAAUACAGUCCCUGCAAGAAGAGGUUGGUAUUUUCCAGCAACUAGUCACAAGACUCAACCUUGAGAAAAAGUGCUUGCACUCGUCUCUCGCGACUGCAGAAACCACUUCGCAGUCACUUGAGAAAAAGUGCCAGGCUUCCACAUGCACCAUUGAGGAGAUGAGGUUGAAGCUCAAGGAAAGUCACCACAGGCAGGUGCAGCUGUCUGCACUCACUGAGCAACUACAACAGGAAUGCAGCAGCCUGAAACUGGUUCUUGCGGACAUGAGUGAAAAGCUGUCGUGUCGCGAGCAGGAGUUGACGUCGGCAGCCAGUGAUCGGGACAGGAUGGCAUCACAGGUGAAGGAGCUGCAAGAUGGGCAUGUCCGUCUGAAGCACGACAACCAAGCUCUGGAAGAUCGCAUAGGUGACCUGGAGGUGAAGCUGAACAACCAGCUGGAACUUCGGAGGAAAUCUGAGGAAGACUACUACGAGUGCGUCAAAGAACGGGAUGCCCACAAGGAGGCACUGAGGCAGCAGAUAGACGAGCUCACCGCAAAGGCUGCAGAGAAGGAGAGACUGCAGGCAGAGUUGGAAGAGCUGCAGAGCCAGUGUGAGGGCUGCAAGACCUCUGCCUCCGAUAUGGGCCAGCUCACCGAGGAGAAAGAGCGCCUCGAGCUCGAGCUUGCGGGCAAGCACAGAGAGUUUCAGACACUGAUUGCCAAAUGUGAUGAGCUCUGCCAAAAGGUCCAAAUGCUGGAGAAAGAGAACGAGGGCCUCAAGUGCAAGCUCAAGUCUGCCAACGACGAAUCUUCAAAGAAGCUCCAAGCCGCCUUCGCUUCAAUUCAUUCUGAAAUGAAUGAGAAGACCGCAGAAAUGAAGAAAUCAAAUCUUGAUUUAAAGGAAACUGCUGCCAUGUGGGAAAAAAAAUGCCUCGAGCAGCAAUCUCUUCGCAAGCGAAGAGAGGCACUUCUGAUUAACCACAUCGCAGAUAUGAAGGAGACGAUCAAGCAGACCAAAAGGGACACGGAGACACUCAAGGCUCAGACAGAAGAGAAGGCCAUGCGUCUUGCUGCCGCGGAGGAGGAACGAGAUAAGCUGGCGAAUGAGCUUACUGCCAUGACGCAGGAACGAGACAGGCUGGCGAGUGAGAACCGGUCACUCAAUGCUCAGCUGAGCUACUGCGAUGCAAAGCUGCGCCAACACACGAAGGAACCCGUGAAGCCCCCAGCCAAGGGAGCUAACCAGUCCCUGUACUCUACGCCAAGCCUUGAGAGCAUCUGGUCACAGCGCCGACUCUCAAGCAGGCAGUCUUGCAGCUCCACCAUCUCUUGCGACGAGUUCAAAGUUCCAAGGUUUAAGUCCAACCCUCGACGGGAGAGUGGUGUGUCGAGGUCGGGACAGGUCGCACAGGCAGCAGCUCUGGACUCCACCAUAUUCUCUGGCAAGUUCUUCAUAAAUUUCAGUCUUUCAUUCAUGUUGGCUGCCAUUAUUAGUUUCUUCUGCCACAAGGCUCUCAUUAUUGGUCACUUGCCUAUGGUGCUCUGCUUCUCUGCACACAAUGGUCAUCGAGUUCUGCACUUGCUUUAUUUUCAACCCUGCAAAGCCCAAAUGCAAUUCUACAUCAAGGAAGAGAGCCGCUUCUCCUGUGACGAAGAGCAAGACAUGUUCUCAGAAACGGCACUCGCAGACCUCAGUAGCCAGCUGGAGGACCCGAUGCACCGGUACAGCGAGCUGUAUCGGCGCAAUUCGAUGCUGCCUCAACAUCUGAAGUCGGUGUACCCGGUAGAGACACAGCAGUGCCCCAUACCGGCGACACCCCUGAAAGGUGAUGGCAAGCUUGCCUUUCCAGAAGUUGCCAGCACCUCUGCAGCUGCUACACCAAGUGGCUCGACUAAGCAAGUCAACGCUGCUGAAGACGCGACCAAACGGAAGAGAGAUGCCCGCUCCAGCAGCAGCGAUGACUGCAACAGCAAACCACCGUUUUGGGCAACUGCAGGUACGCCAUCAAAGGCAAAGCCCAAGAAGUCGACGCAGACACCAUCAAGUGUCAAGAAAUUCCUCAGAACCAGAUUUAAGCGAUAGCAUUGCGGGAAUGUAAAUAAUUUUAAGGUACUUCUGUUUACUCGUGACUUGGUUUUAAAGGAAGGAUAGCUUAAAAACGAAUGACAGAGCUCUAUGUACAGUCACCAGUUUUUAAACAAGAAAAAAUUAAGUGAAAGUGUGACAGAUGCUUAUAGCAUGACAGUGCAAGAAAUUUUACGAAUCUUAUACAGCAUUAAAAUCUUCCAGUUAAGUAACAGAUAUGCACACUCUACGUUCCAGGUUUAAGAAAAUAUAUAUAUAUAUACUCCCCGUAACAAUUUAUUACUGAAAUGCAAAUUGUGCACUGUGUGUUUUCUUCGAGAUAUUGAUGGAGUAUUCACCAUAAAAGGUGUCGCAAAUGGAGAACUAACAUCCCCGAGUCUCGGCAAACUUCAAAUUUUGUGUAAAUACUUAUAUUGACAGUUUUCAGUGUGUGGCUUGUCUUUGGAACACUUGGCACUGCUUGUAUAAAGGAAGUUUUACCGUUUUUAAUAAACACUUUUACUUCG